AACACUGAUAGGAUUUUCUCAAUAUUGGCCAAGGCGUACGAACGUAAUGUUAAGUUCAAGGUCUCAGUAUCUGUUAAAGUCUUUCAGAUGUAGUCGGAAACGUGGUUACCUAUGAAUGCGGACUUUUUAAAUAAGAGGGAAGAAUGUUGUUUCGUAGGAUGUUGGGUAACAAAGUGGAAAGUGUAUUGUGUGAGUAUAUUGGACAUGUGAUAGUGAUUUGCUCGGGUUGAAUGAACUUGGCAGUUCUAGGAUUAUAGAAUGAUUAACACGAAGGCAUUUUGAGAGAGAGAAAAAGGGACUAGUGGAUUUUUCAAGUGAAAAUAAAAAUGAAGAAAACUACGAAGUAUAUUUUGGUUCUUCUCCUGUCAUCCAUCACAAUCUCACACGCAGAAUCCCAUUUGGACGACUUAAGCCUAGACGAAGAUUUUCCAUUGGACGAUGAAGACACAACCGGAAGUAGUCUCCACCCUUCAACGGAUCUGAAUCUUACAAACGAUGACGUCAACGAAAGUGACGACAAAUUCCCCUCGACUGCAAUGAAGAAACAGUCUCUAAUAUAUAGGGCCAUGCUAGACGCUCUGAAACGUCCUGAGAUGUCUCAACAACUGAGUCACGUGUUGCCUAUCCUGAGGAGCAUGUCGCCUCCACAACGCCUGACGCUGGCAGCCCUGCUGACGGCACAGGCGGUGUCAUCGCCGACGUCAGCUUCACCUACUCUCGACGACGUCCUUGCCAUGUUCGGCGUCGGUCCUCAGGACGGCGAGGAGCAACGUAAAAAUAUGACGUCAGCUUUACUCCUGCCUCUGUCUCUCGACAUCGCAAAUAUGUUCCGGGGCGUCGCGGCGAAGACUCCGGAUGCACUGGAACUGAGACACCUCCGAGUGGUCCCGGGGUCACCCCACCGGCGGGUCAUGGUCACUCCGUCACAUCCGCUCCCAGCCCCUAGGAUAAGGCCCGCCUUGCCGUUCAGACCCCCAUCAAGUCACAUCCGUCGUAACGUCCAAGUACAGACAGAAAUGGUUCCUCCCCCACCUCCGACGCCUCUGCGUGGGGGCAAGCCACCACGUCGUCCUCCACCCGGAAAACACCCCUCGGCACCUCUGAGGCCUCCGCCAGUGCCUGAGAGGAAACAUGGUCCAGGAAGCGAGUUUUCCGGGUCUCCCAACAAGGACAACUGCGACUACUUCACGAACACUCUGUGCCUGGAGGUGACGGACUACCCAAAAGACGCCAUAAUGGCGAGUAUUCAUCGCCAUCUUGGAACAGUUGAAGCUCUUCUCGCAGACAUCAAACAGCAGCGUUCUGACGUCACAGCGGACAACAUGAAGUCGCUUUACGAAACGAGAUACGCUCCUGACCACAACGUGUCCCGAGAAAACAGACGCCAGGAUCAAGAUAACAGUCUGAGAGAUCUAGGCUCAGAGGAUGGCUAUCUGUGUCCAUCCUCCGUCAAGUACGCAAGACCUAAACGUGCAAGAACCACGAGUGGACAGUGGAAGUUCAUCGUAAACGCUGGAGAUUACACGCAAACCCUUCGACUUGAGAUGUGCCAAAGACCCAAUGAAGUGUGCACCUUUAUUUCUGAUAACUUCAGAUCUGAGUGCACACAAGUUUACAAUUACCACAGACUUUUGACAUGGGAUGACGCGAAAGGUCUGCACAUGGACAUAUUCAAGGUCCCCACCUGCUGUUCGUGCCAUGUUCAAGGUUACUCUUUUAACUUCCCGCCUCGAGGAACGGAGUCACAAGAGACCUCUCCACACCCGGAACACUUCCCUGGAGCUGAUUUUGCUGUUGAAGAUCACGGAAUCCAGCAACAAAAUCCUAGACCAAACGAAGGAUUCAAGGCAGAGUUCGCGGAGGAUUCUAAUUUAAGACCGCCGUUACUUACAAAUUCUGAACAGUUUCACGACGAAAGUUUCAGUCACACUUUUAACCAGGACAAAGGAAUAAGAGGCCAGUUCAACACCAAACAAAUAACCUCAGGGGGACAGUUUCAAAGUGACACGACCAGCAAUAAAUUUCUGGUCGAGGGACACAGGGACCAGUUUAAUUUCAAAGAAGACAGAACGAGAAAUCAGUUCCAUUUCCAAAAUGACGACACGAGGAACAAGUUCCAGGAAGACAACUCGAGACAACAUUUCACACUUCAGCAAUCUCCAAAGCGAGAAACUGUGCAUUUGCAGAAAUCCCCCGAGUACCACGUGACUCCUCCACCUUCGACUUUCCAAAUUUCAAAUCUGUUCCAGAGACAGGGAUUCAGACACCCGACACCCGAGGGCCUCGUUCCUCCAGCAGGUCCACCACUGCCUCUAGCCCACGAGACGGACUUCCAGACGUUCUCAGGGAACAAGAUCUUAAGACGGAGUCGGAACCAAACAUCGAAUGGAUUAAGGGACGAAGUGGAUCUCGACGUGGAAGAGACAGCUGUCAAGGGACAUCCGUUUCGUAACGCAGACGUCAUCCACAUUCCUUCGACAAAGGCAGCGACCACAAUCUUCACGACCACCACGACACCAGCUCCUGCAACCGUGCCUUCGAAACCGUCUCCGACGGUAUCAGGGGGAGGAAAGAGGGUGAAUUACAAUUACCACCCUAUUAUCGACUACUUUAGAACACAACAGGGCAAGAGCUUUGACCACGGAAACACACAAGACUGGACUCCAAUCGUUGGUAACAACGAAAAACUCAAGUGAACAUCGCGCUGAACAUUUACGCAAAGGAAUAAUCAACACUGAAACUUAAGUUCUUUUAAAAGUGCUUUUUUUUUUUUUUGCGAAAUCAGCAACUCGAAGGCUUGGAAUUGUCGGUUAUAUUUCUGCUCGAAGACGAUGAAAUAUGACUGUAAUCGACCUGUAGAUUGUUUCAAAUUUUCUGGUUUGAUCAAUAACCACGAAGUUCGUAACAUACAUAAUAAUAUUUAAAGUGUGGUAAAGACAGACGAAGCAGCUGCUGAUUCCCACAUAACACACAUUACUAAAAUAAAUCACGUGAAAUGUGAAGUGGAUCUUCUAUAGUAAUCAAUGUUCAUAAAAUGGACGAUGAGUUACUAAUAAAUUAAUAGGAUGAUUUAUGUACAUAAGCAUAAUUAAAAGUGUACACUUCGACCGA